AUGGAGCAUGAACCUGCCAGUCCCUCACAGGAGCCGGCACCCAAAAAGCAACGGACCUUGGCUUGCCAGCGAUGUCGCUCCCGGAAACAGAAGUGCGAAGACCGUCGACCAUGCCAGAACUGUAUCAAAGGAGAUGAAGAUUGUCUGCCCACCCAACCUGCGCCUCGUCCACACAUUGAAAGCGAAUAUGUGCGCAUUCUGGAACGACGCGUUGCUGAGCUCGAGUCUUUAGACCCACAGCAUAGUCUCGACCACCUCGAGAGACCUUCUGACAGGCCUGAUCAAGAAAAUAAUCCCGACACAUCGCCGGCGAGCAGUGGGAUUCGAAAUGGCGGUGUCAUGGGCGCGAUUGCCAGUCCACCGGUUCAACGAACCGUCCCACCGCGACGCUCGUCCAUUCUUUCUGGCUCAUCGCCAGGUUACGCUAUAGCUCCUGGUCUCGAUGAUGAGCCCGACCUUAAUCAUCUCGUCUUCGGACUAAUUGCAUCGCCAUCAGCUCAGUUCUCAACUCACGAUGCUGCUAUCAGUCCAACCAACCCGGGACCGGCACCAGCCAUUAUGAAUAGCGCACACGCACUGAUGGCUACCAUGUCUCCAGAGCUAGAGGAAGCAUUGCUUGACGCGUAUCGCGAGCGUGCUCAAGCUCAGUAUCCCUUCUUCCAUUGGGACACAUUCCUCACAUGGCAUUCGGAAUGGAAGCAUUGCCUCUCCUGCGACCUCAAAGAACGAGCAUGGCAAGGCUUUUUCGUCAACCUAGUGUACGCAACAUCUUUAGUGCUUCUGCGUCAACCGUAUGCGGCAGCACUUAAUGCGCGAGAGUUUUACAACAGUGGAAUUUCGCUGCUACCGGCUGUGCUACGUCAGCCAGAUAGAAUUCUUCAGGUGCAAGCCUAUCUCCUGCUAUCCAUUCAUGCACUGCAUCAGAGCUCCACGGAACGUAUUAUUUCUCUUGCGUCCACGGCUAUGCGACAAUGCGUUCAGCAACAACUACAUCUCGGUGAGAUGGAGCCGCCAUCAGCGAACGUUCAAACGAGGCUUAUGAUUCAAGUCCGUCGACGGUGCUUUUGGUGUGCGUAUUUGCUUGAUCGACUGGUCAUGUCAUCAUUCGAUCUGCCUCCAUCGAUACCAGACUAUAUGAUAACCGUAAGACCAUUUGCUAAUAUCGAGGACCAUGAACUAUGGGAAACCGCUGCGAUUACUCCGCCCAGUCAUGACUUACCUGACUCUCAGCAUUAUACAUGCAACUCUUCAGCGCUUCAUAUACUCCAGUGCAGGCGUAUACAAUCCGAGAUUAGUGCCGUUACACUUCGAUGGGAUUAUGACACUCAGUUCGAGAACACUUCGGAUUGGCGAAUAAGAAUUCUUACAGAAUUGGACAACUUUAAGUCCCGUGUAAAGAAUUUCUCAGAUCCACAGUCGAAAGGCUACACGUCGCAACGUUGGCAAGCUAUGAUUUAUCACUACACGUUGCUCAUGCUCUAUCGGCCAACAAAAGCCAACGUAGUCGGGUCUGCUGGCGACUGGUCAGUCCAAGCCAGCAGUCAAGCUUGUUUAAUGUUUCGAAGAACCCAGAUUGAUCGUCAGAUUGCUCAACCAUGGCUUGCACUUCUCGUUCAGUUCCAGUCCGGCAUCACACUGCUGUACUGUUUCUGGGCUACUCCACCAGAACAAAGAACUGAAAAUUACUUUUCCCUUGACGUUCCCGACGCGUUACGUGCCUGCUCCAAUAUUCUGGCGAUAAUGGCAGACCGAUGGGCCAAGGCGGAAUGUCUGAGAGACGUCUUUGAAUUACUGGCGCGCGAGAUACCGCUAGUCGAUCGACCCAACAAGCCACCGACCCGAUUAUCAGACAAAACGGUCACGGCGAUUCAAGCGCACCUCCCACAGGUUCGUGCACUAGUGGUGCAUCGCCCCGUGUUACGCAUGAUCGAUGAGAUGAUACACGAAGACUUUCCUCGCUCCAUUCAACCUUCUCAGCCUCCGUCAGUCGCUGGCAUGCUCGGCCCAACCCAGCAGGAAUCUGAGGAUCAUUUCAACUCUCAGCUACAGCAAAUCAAUGCAAGUUUUCAGAUGCCAUUCGCCAUGCAACAGCCGUUCGAGUAUGGAAUGGCGGAACCUGGGCUUCACGAUCCGGAUGUCGAGGGGCUGCUCUCAUUCCCUGGCGUUUUCGAUUUCGACGGCUGGACAUGA